AUGCCGCGCUCGCGGGGACGGAAGCAGGGGUGCUGCGGCUGCCCCGCGGGGAGGGCUCGAGGCGAAGCCAGAAUUUCGGCGCUCGUGUCGGGCGCCCGGAGCCGCUGGGGCCGCCGGCCGCCGCAGCCAACGCCGCUGCCGCCGCUGCUGCUGCUGGGCUGGGGGCUGCUCAGCGCCUCGGCCGCCGCGGGCCAAAACUGCACGUUCCAACUACAGGGUCCCAAUGGGACAGUUGAGAGCCCAGGGUUCCCGUACGGCUACCCCAAUUAUGCCAACUGCACGUGGACCAUCACCGCAGAGGACCAGCACAGGAUCCAGCUCGUGUUCCAGUCCUUUGCCCUGGAAGAGGACUUUGACGUCCUGUCGGUGUUUGAUGGCCCGCCCCAGCCAGAGAACCUGCGGACCAGGCUCACAGGCUUUCAGCUACCAGCUACCAUCGUCAGCGCUGCCACCACCCUCUCUCUACGCCUCGUCAGUGACUAUGCGGUCAGCGCGCAGGGCUUCCACGCCAGCUAUGAAGUUCUCCCCAGUCACACGUGUGGGAACCCCGGGCGGCUGCCCAAUGGCAUCCAGCAGGGCUCAACCUUCAACCUCGGGGACAAGGUCCGCUACAGCUGCAACCCCGGCUUCUUCCUGGAGGGCCACGCCGUGCUCACCUGCCACGCCGGCUCCGAGAACAGUGCCACGUGGGACUUCCCCCUGCCCUCCUGCAGAGCUGACGAUGCCUGCGGGGGGACGCUGCGGGGUCAGAGUGGCAUCAUCUCUAGCCCCCACUUCCCGUCGGAGUACCACAACAAUGCCGACUGCACAUGGACCAUCCUGGCAGAGCUGGGAGAUACCAUCGCCCUGGUCUUUAUCGACUUCCAGCUAGAGGACGGUUACGACUUUCUGGAAGUUACAGGCACUGAAGGCUCCUCCCUGUGGUUCACCGGAGCCAGCCUCCCAGCCCCUGUCAUCAGCAGCAAGAACUGGCUGCGGCUGCACUUUACUUCGGACGGCAACCACCGGCAGCGUGGCUUCAGUGCCCAAUACCAAGUCAAGAAGCAAAUUGAGUUGAAGUCUCGAGGUGUGAAGCUGAUGCCCAGCAAACAUAACAGCCAGAAGACAUCUGUGUUAACUCAGGUUGGUGUGUCCCAAGGGCAUAAUAUGUGUCCAGACCUUUUUUUACCUGAAAGGGGCAAAAGACUAGGCUCGGAUUUCAGGUUAGGAUCCAGCGUCCAGUUCACCUGCAGCGAGGGCUAUGACCUGCAAGGGUCCAAGCGGAUCACCUGUAUGAAAGUGAGCGACAUGUUUGCGGCCUGGAGCGACCACAGGCCGGUCUGCAGAGCCCGCAUGUGUGAUGCCCACCUUCGAGGCCCCUCAGGCAUCAUCACCUCCCCCAAUUUCCCUAUUCAGUAUGACAACAAUGCACACUGUGUGUGGAUCAUCACAGCACUCAACCCUGCCAAGGUGAUCAAGCUGGCCUUUGAGGACUUUGACUUGGAGAGGGGCUAUGACACCCUGACGGUCGGGGACGGCGGGCAGGACGGAGACCAGAAAACUGUUCUUUAUGUCCUGACAGGUACGUCGGUCCCAGAUCUCAUUGUGAGCACCAACCACCAAAUGUGGCUCUUGUUCCAAACCGAUGGCAGCGGCAGCUCCCUGGGAUUCAAGGCUUCUUACGAAGAGAUCGAGCAGGGCAGCUGUGGCGAUCCCGGCAUCCCUGCCUAUGGCCGGAGGGAAGGCUCCCGGUUCCAUCAUGGUGACACACUCAAGUUUGAGUGCCAGCCUGCCUUUGAGCUGGUGGGGCAGAAGGCAAUCACGUGCCAAAAGAAUAACCAGUGGUCGGCUAAGAAGCCAGGCUGCGUGUUUUCCUGCUUCUUCAACUUCACCAGCCCCUCCGGGGUCGUCCUGUCGCCCAACUACCCAGAGGACUACGGCAACCACCUGCACUGUGUCUGGCUCAUCCUGGCCCGGCCCGAGAGCCGCAUCCACUUGGCUUUCAACGACAUCGACGUGGAGCCUCAGUUUGACUUCCUGGUUGUCAAGGAUGGGGCCACGGCCGAGGCCCCGGUUCUGGGCACCUUCUCAGGAAACCAGCUCCCCUCCUCCAUCACAAGCAGUGGUCACGUGGCCCGUCUCGAGUUCCAGACUGACCACUCCACAGGGAAGAGGGGCUUCAACAUCACCUUUACCACCUUCCGACACAACGAGUGCCCAGAUCCCGGCGUUCCAGUGAAUGGCAAACGGUUUGGUGACAGCCUCCAGCUGGGAAGCUCCAUCUCCUUCCUCUGUGAUGAAGGCUUCCUCGGGACUCAGGGCUCGGAGACCAUCACCUGCAUCCUGAAGGAGGGCAGCGUGGUCUGGAACAGUGCCGUGCUGCGGUGUGAAGCUCCCUGCGGUGGUCAUCUGACUUCGCCCAGUGGUACCAUCCUGUCUCCGGGCUGGCCUGGCUUCUACAAGGAUGCCCUCAGCUGUGCUUGGGUGAUUGAAGCCCAGCCAGGCUACCCCAUCAAAAUCACCUUUAACAGAUUUAAAACGGAGGUCAACUAUGAUACUCUGGAAGUUCGAGAUGGACGGACAUACUCAGCGCCCUUGAUCGGGGUUUAUCAUGGGACCCAGGUCCCCCAGUUCCUCAUCAGCACCAGCAACUACCUCUACCUCCUCUUCUCUACUGACAAGAGUCACUCGGACAUCGGCUUCCAGCUCCGCUAUGAGACUAUAACCCUGCAGUCAGACCACUGUCUGGAUCCAGGGAUCCCCGUAAAUGGGCAGCGCCAUGGGAAUGACUUCUACGUGGGCGCUCUAGUGACCUUCAGCUGUGACUCAGGCUACACGUUAAGUGAUGGGGAGCCCCUGGAGUGUGAGCCUAACUUCCAGUGGAGCCGGGCCCUGCCUAGCUGUGAAGCACUCUGCGGUGGCUUCAUUCAAGGCUCUAGUGGGACCAUCUUGUCACCAGGGUUUCCUGACUUCUACCCCAACAACUUGAACUGCACCUGGAUUAUCGAAACAUCCCAUGGCAAGGGUGUGUUCUUUACAUUCCACACCUUCCACCUGGAGAGCGGCCAUGAUUACCUCCUCAUCACCGAGAACGGCAGCUUCUCACAGCCCCUGAGACAGCUGACCGGCUCGCGGUUGCCGGCCCCCAUCAGCGCCGGACUCUAUGGCAACUUCACUGCUCAGGUCCGCUUCAUUUCCGAUUUCUCCAUGUCCUACGAAGGAUUCAACAUCACUUUCGCAGAAUAUGAUUUGGAGCCCUGCGAGGAGCCUGAGGUCCCAGCCUACAGCAUCCGGAAGGGCUUACAGUUUGGCGUAGGCGACACCUUGACCUUCUCCUGCUUCCCCGGGUACCGUCUGGAGGGCACGGCCCGCAUCACGUGCCUGGGGGGCAGACGGCGCCUGUGGAGUUCGCCUCUGCCAAGGUGUGUUGCUGAGUGUGGGAAUUCAGUCACGGGCACUCAGGGCACAUUGCUGUCCCCCAACUUUCCUGUGAACUACAAUAACAACCAUGAAUGCAUCUACUCCAUCCAGACCCAGCCGGGGAAAGGCAUUCAGCUUAAAGCCAGGACGUUUGAACUGUCAGAAGGAGAUGUCCUCAAGGUCUACGACGGCAACAACAACUCCGCCCGUUUGCUGGGGGUGUUCAGCCGUUCGGAGAUGGUGGGGGUGACUUUGAACAGCACAUCCAGCAGUCUGUGGCUUGAUUUCAUCACUGAUGCUGAGAACACCAGCAAGGGCUUUGAGCUGCAAUUUUCCAGUUUUGAACUUAUCAAAUGUGAGGAUCCAGGAACUCCCCAGUUUGGCUACAAGGUUCAGGACGGAGGCCAUUUUGCAGGAAGCUCUGUGUCCUUCAGCUGUGACCCUGGAUACAGCCUGCGGGGCAGUGAGGAGCUGCUGUGUCUGAGUGGGGAGCGCAGGACCUGGGACCGGCCUCUCCCCACCUGUGUCGCUGAGUGUGGAGGGACAGUGAAAGGAGAAGUGUCGGGGCAGGUGCUAUCACCCGGGUAUCCGGCUCCCUAUGAACACAAUCUCAACUGCAUCUGGACCAUCGAGGCUGAUGCUGGUUGCACCAUCGGGUAA